AUGUGCCCUCUCGAUAGCCCGCAGCGGCAAACCGCACACCGCAGCGGGGCCCAAGGGCCCUUUUUUCCCCUCCCGCUACACACACGCACACGCGAAGACGAAGUGGACGUGCCGGCGGCCCCCACCCCGCCCCUCCCGCGCCCGCCUUCGCAGCGCCCACGUCGUUUGCUCCCCGACCCCGCGAACUCCCCACCCCACGCGGGACUCUCGCCGGACGCCACGCAGCCCCACGCGACACUCACCAGCAGCCGCCGCGAAAAGAAAACGUCACCAACGGCAGCCGCCCCCUCCCCCACCGAAGCGCCCGCAGCACGUGCACGAGCGCCGUGCCGGCGGCCGCCACUUCCCCCGAGUCCUCCGGCAGCCACGCCCCCCGCCCGUGCACCGCCGCAGUCGCCGCAGCCGCAGUUCGCACGCAUCAUGCAGGACGCCGUGCGAGGCGACGCUGCCUCCCGCAUGCGUCGUGCAGUUUCUGUUUUUCUUUUGGCUCACCGCGACUGUCUGCGCCUCCGUGGCGGCGACGGAUGA